UUCGCCUGCAAUUAUCGUUGCAGACACAAUGAAGUGCCGAAUCAUAUUUAUUAUAUUCCUUGUUGCGGUUGCCUUUUGUAAGCCAUUCAACAGAAGUCCCAUUUAUGAUUCUGUUUGCGCGCUGACUGGGGGCCGGCUUAAGUGCUAUGUUCAUAACACUUGGGGCUUUAAUCAAAGGACUAAAGAAUGUUAUGCAGUGCGCAAGGGUAAAGAGCCGUGCGGUUUCUUUGAUGGAAAAAAGGGCUGUGAGGACUUUUGCCAUAGACCUCCUGGAACGGGGAGGAAAACUUGAUUUUUGUUGCCAAAUUUUUCCCAAACAGUUGUUGCUGGAAAAUAUGAAAGUUUUUCUCAGCUAAUCCUUAAACUAGGAAAUAAAAAUGUUAAAUAGACUUGGAUUAAAAUGAGAUACACUGGUUGAAAAACUGAAUAAAUGUAUCUGUUCCAAACAUUUAGCUUAAUUUUACACUUUUUAUGCUUCACUGCCAACCACGCCCACGCUUUACCCCUCUUUCGUUUAUAUAUGUUUACAAUAAUUGAACGUGCCAAUAUUGAAAAUAAAUGUGUUUCUUUAUAAAUGAA